GAGGGCAACCGGGAGCCCCAUGCGGGGGCCGCCGCCAUGGGGCAGGUCCUGGGCUUCGCCCACUGCAAAGAGGCUCCAUCCACGGCCUCCACCACGCCGGACUCCACGGAGGGUGGCAACGAGGAGUCGGACUUCCCCGAGCUGCAGGCGGCACCGGAGCCCCCCGAGGAGGAAGAGGAGGAUGAGGAUGAAGAUGGGGCAACGGCGGCGGGAGGGGGACCCCGGGGACCCCCCCGGGAACUCACCUUCUCCUACAUCGCCUUUAGAGGCGGGGGGGGAGCCAACGAGCCGGGACCCCGCUGUCGCCGAGACUCCCGUCGCGGACGCCCCCCCCGCCUGAGCUCGGGGCCCCCCGGGGGGUGCCCCCGGGGGCCGGACCCCCGCUUGGCUGCUAGGGCCCCCCCCAAGCGUCCCGAGGAGCCCCCAGCCCCUCCCGAGGGGCAGCUGGAAGUGGGGGGGGGCCCUGCCAGAGUUGGGGAGACCUGA